AUGGAAAGUUUUGGAAUGCGUUCAGUGACCGCGGCGUGUAAAGUUUUGACCUUGUACAGCGACUCGUGUUGUCGAGGUCAUCUUCAAGGUACUUGCUUAAAUAAGGAAAAUAGUCUGGAUCUUCCACAUAUAAAAACUGUUCCCAGUCUUUUAUACAUAGAACUCAAAGAACAUUUUGUUUGUUACGUCUACUUUCCAAGGACUAACAAUCAGAAAUAUUGCAUACUAACCAUGUCUACGAUCGCUUUGCUUUCGAUUAUCGUUGCAGCUGCUGCUUUUAAGGCUUUAUUCUUCUUUUCUUAUCAUUCAACUGAUUUUGAAGUACAUCGCAAUUGGAUUGCGAUUACAUGCUCACUGCCGAUAUCUAAGUGGUACUUUGAUGAGACUUCUGUAUGGACACUAGAUUAUCCUCCACUGUUUGCGUUUUUCGAAUGGUUCUUAUCAUUUAUAGCUAUCAAAUUGAUCCAGAAAUCUGCACCAUCACCUCUCAUCCGUACAUAUCAAACGGGCUUAUUAUUUUCCAACGACUUAGUGUUAUUAUUUCAGAACUUCUCAUGUUUGCAGCCCUUAUUACUACAUUCAGUGAAACUGUCCGGUAGUGGAUUUUUGAAGAGAAGUUAUUAUCCACUGUGUUUUCUUUUUGCAUUCAAUUUCGGGCUGAUUAUUGUUGACCAUAUACAUUUUCAGUACAAUGGGUUUUUGUUUGGGAUAUUAAUUUUAUCUAUGGCGUAUAUAAUUGAAGGAAAUUACAUCAUUGGAUCAUUCUUGUUUACUAUACUUUUAAAUUUUAAGCACAUAUUUAUGUAUGUAGCUCCAGCUUAUUUUGUUCAUAUUUUGAUGAACUAUUGUUUGGGAAAACGUGAACUUUUCAAUGUUGUUAAUCGAUUUAUAAAGGUUGGCAGUGUUGUUAUUUUAGUGAUGAUUUCAUCAUUCGGAUAUUUCAUUUACAUGAAUCAGUUAAAACAAGUGUUCAGUCGUCUUUUCCCAUUUAAUCGGGGUCUAUGUCAUGCAUACUGGGCUCCAAAUUUCUGGUCCUUAUACAAUUUGGUCGAUAAAGUAUUAAAUGUUCUUGACGAUCAUGUUCUUCAAGUAUGGCCUGAGAAAAUCUCCUCUACUGCAACCAUGACUGGUGGUUUAGUGGAAAAUGUGGAACAUGUUAUUUUGCCUACUAUAAGGCCUUCACAUACAGCUCUUCUGAGCUUACUGUUCAUGCUGCCCACUUUAUGUGUAUCAAUUAGAAAAAGUCGUUUCUUCAACUUUACAACUGCUGUAAUUUCUCGUGUCUUUUUGAAAUCUGUAACUAUAACAGCUUGGUCGUGUUUUAUGUUCGGUUGGCAUGUUCAUGAAAAAGCAGUUUUAAUGUUUUUAUUACCUUUAAACUUUUUCACAUUGACUUCUGGAGAACAUCGGUUUCUUACCUUUUAUGUGAGCACUUUGGGAUACUACAGCCUUAUACCAUUGAUCCCUACAAAUGCUGAAUUUCCAGCUGUCAUAUCCAUUUAUCUAGCACAUACAUGCAUUCAUUGGCUUAUCCUAUUUCGUAUUCUUCCCAUAAACGUGAACAGUAAUAGUGAAAAAAGUAGAUCUGAUCAAUCAAGAUCACAGCAUAUCAUACAAAAAAUUGGUUGUCUGCAUUUAUGGGGUCUUACGUUAUUAUUUAUGUUCACAAAAAUAAUUCUACCGUUAACUUAUUUAGAACAACGUUUACCUUACCUACCAUUAAUGCUUACUUCAGUCUACACAGCAAUUGGAUUAUUCUGUUCUUUUAUAAUAUUUCUGUGGUCAACAACAGACUUUUACUGUUUACCAACUAAUCUGACAGAAUCACUAGAAAAGGUAAAUAAGACUAAAAAGAAAAACCAAUGACGACAGUGAUUCCAGCUGAUGUAAUGGG